GUUACCUACUCCUCUUAAAUCCUUAAAGUUCCCACUCCCACUCUACUUCUCUUCCUAUCCCUCAACUUUCUCCCUUUCCCUCUCUCAUUGGUGAUUACAUAGUAAAGUGCUAAUCUUUGAUCUCUUCUUCUUGUAAGUAUGGAGAAGCAUAAAUGCAAGUUAUGUUCAAGGAAAUUCUUGAAUGGCAAAGCUUUAGGUGGUCACAUGAGGUCUCAUUUAAUGGCUUUGCCACUUCCACCUAAGACUCCGCCGUUAAAACAAGAUUCCGGCGGCGGCCGUAGCCACUCAACUCUGUCACUCUGUUCAUCAGAAAAUGAACAAGAAGAAGAAGAGGAGGAGGUGUUAGAACAGAAAGGUGAUGAUUCAUUGGGUAAUUAUGGGUUGAGAGAAAAUCCAAAGAGAAGCUUUAGAAUGAUAGAUCCUGAGUUUUUGGAUGGUGGGUAUGUGGUACAAGAUAGAGAAAGUGAGACUGAGUCAACAAAAAAACCAACUUGUAGAAGAUCCAAUAGAAGUCGAAAAAUGGUUUUAACAAUACCAGCAGAUGAGAAAAAUGAAGAAAAAAUGAAGGAGAAAUCAGUUGAUUUUGAGCCAUUGAGUUUGUUUUCAGAUAGUUCAAGUGAAGAAGACAUUGCUAUGUGUUUAAUGAUGCUUUCAAAAGAUGUUUGGAAAAGUUCACAACCCUCAAAAUUAAGGUCAAAACAUGGGAAGAAAUACCAAUGUGGGAUUUGUCACAGAAUGUUCAAAACUUCUCAAGCUUUAGGUAGUCAUAAAACCAUUCACAAGAUCAAGAACAGCAAUUCUUCAACUUGUAUUGAAGAGUCAGAGCAAAAACCAACCAAGAAAUUAGUUAGUGUGAAGAAUAUUAUGGAUCAAAAAUUGCAUGAAUGUCCAUUUUGUGGGAAAUUAUUUCAAUCAGGUCAAGCAUUAGGUGGACACAAAAGAUCACAUCUUAUUAUGAGUUCAUCAACUACAGAUCUUAACAUGCCAGCACCAAUGGAAGAUGAAGAUUUUAGCCAACCAGAUUUUUCUGCAAUUUCAGAUGCUGAUUUUCAACAUCAAGAAAAUGGGAGAGGUUAAAGUAAUCGUCACUCUCAUUUACUAUCUUGUUUUGCCUUUUUUUAAUCUUUAAAAAUGUCUUUUAGUAAAUUUUCUUAAAUGGGGUUUGCUUAUUUAUAGAAAAGUUAUGAUCUUUAAUCCCA